AUGAAUGCAUCAACUACAGAUCAGUCAUCCUCGGGUCGGUCGUUUAAGAAAAAUGGGAGGUUGGCGGAAGCCGUCAGGUUGCUGGAAGGAGCUGCUAACAAGAACAACUCCGAUGCUACAUUUCUCCUCGCGGAGAUGAACUUUUACGGGAACUUUACACACCCACGGAACUUUUCAAAGGCAUUCCGGUACUAUGACUCGCUAGCAACCUUGACUGGAAACAGCACCGCUCAGUAUAUGCUUGGGUUCAUGUAUGCCACUGGAAUCGGUGGGGUCGUGGAGCGGGAUCAGGGCAAAGCAAUGUUAUAUCAUACCUUUGCCGCCAUGGGAGGCAAUACGAGGUCACAGAUGACGCUGGCGUACCGCCGGUAUAUAGGAAUUGGAGCCACACAGGACUGUGACCAGGCCGUAUACUGGUAUAAGAAAGUGGCCGAUAAGGCAAUCUCAUGGUAUAGAUCUGGUCCCCCUGGCGGUAUAACCAUGCGCUCGGAAGCCUUCCGAUGGGCUGAUGAGGAAGGUGGCGUGUACGGCGAGGGGGCCAGCGUGUCCAGCGCCGGCGUUAAUGCGCUUAGAGACGUCCAUUCUAGCGCUGAUGCGAGUCUGGAUGAUGUAUUGGAAUACCUGGAUCUCCUGGCUAAAAAGGGCGACACCAAAGCCACGUUCAGCCUGGGGAAAAUGUUCUAUGAAGGAUCGCGACAGCUGGAAAGAAGCUAUAGGAAAGCCAUGAUGUACUUUGUGGUAGUUGCGAGAAAGUAUUGGACCAAGGACGGGACGGUUAAUCCCAACCACCCACCGGGUAUUGACAAGAUUGCUGCUCAAUCUGCUGGCCAUAUUGGCCUCAUGUUCCUUCGCGGCGAAGGCACGGAGCAGAACUUCCAGAAAGCCAAAAUCUGGUUUACACGAGGAAGAUCAAACGGUGAUUCAAUGUGUCAACAUUAUCUGGGCCUUAUGUACUUGCAUGGCUACGGUGUUGAGCAAGAUGUAAUGAUGGCCGCCUCGUACUUCAAGGCCGCAGCUGAACAGGAUAAUUACCACUCCAAAACUAGGCUGGGUGCGUUAUUCCUCGAUCAAGGAGAUGUCGUCACGGCCACGAUAUACUUUGAAGCAGCUGCUCGGCACGGUGGAAUGGAAGCGCUCUAUUACCUCGCAGGGAUUGCAGAUCGGGGCCUCGGUGGGCAGCGUCAUUGCGGCGUGGCUACGGCAUACUACAAGAUGGUUUCUGAGAAAAUAGAGGCUAUUCACUCUGCCUUUGGCGAAGCAAACGAUGCAUACGAGCUUGGGGAUAAGGAAUUAGCACUUAUCAUCGCGACCAUGGCAGCCGAACAAGGUUAUGAGAGUGCGCAGGCAAACGUAGCAUACCUUCUUGACGAGAAACGAUCAGUGUUAUCCCUCGACCCGAUCCUGCCGUGGAUAAGGGGUGGCCGCUCAUCACUUCUCCGCAAUGCAGCUCUGGGCUUCAUCUACUGGGCCCGCUCGGCUAAACAAGCCAAUGUCGAUUCCAUGGUUAAACUAGGAGAUUACUAUUUUGAAGGCUAUGGUACAAAACAAGAUAUAUCAAGGGCAUUGACCUGCUAUCACUCCGCUGCUGAGGGCCAUAGUGCUCAAGCAUUCUGGAAUCUCGGUUGGAUGUAUGAGAAUGGCCUGCACGUUGAGCAGGACUUCCCAAUGGCCAAACGGUACUACGAUCUUGCCUUGGAAACGAAUCGGGAGGCGUACUUCCCCGUCACACUUAGCCUGCUUCGCCUGCGUAUUAGGAAUUUUUGGAAUAAGCUGGUACGAGGGAAGGCUAAUACGAUCAACGCUGAACCUGAUACAAACACUCCGCGGACUUUCAAGGAAUGGAUUGCCCACUUUAUCAACUAUAGUGAAGAGGAAGAAGCAUACCAGAACGGGCUCCGCCAACAGGGGGCUACUGAUCCUGAUGCUAUCCUCGACGAAACAGCCAACGCGCACGCUCAGGACCAAGACCUAAAUUACUAUGACGAGGAAGCCCUCGAUUUUGACGACGGCAUCCUAGAAAGUCUCAUAAUAAUUGGCCUCGUCGCCACGCUGGUGCUUCUGCUACAUUUCCGACAACAGCGAGCAGCACGUCGAGCAGCGCAAGAUGCUAAUAACGCCAUUAAUCAACCUCAAGGCCAGAACGACGACAACCAGCAACAAAACCAAGGAGCCAAUGGUGCUGGUAAUGCAGGCGAAGAUAGGGGCUAUUUCCCACCCCCAAAUGACCCCAAUUUUGCAGCCAACCAGGAACAUCGUUUGUCUGCGCAAGGAGGUAAAAUGGUAUCAGGCACGACCUCGAUCAAGAAACGCAAGUUCGACGAAGCGUCCUCCAUCCUUGCGAGGCCAUUCAAGUCGCCCCUUCGCAAGGAUCUGGAUACGGAGUCUUCGGCUUCUACGCAGUCUACAUCCACAAACACGUCUGACGAAAGAGCACAUACUGUUGACCUUGCCCAAUAUUCGCCGUCUCGCUCAUCUAGUGAUCCAUGUGCUACGCCAUCAACACCACCACCAAAUAAUACCCCUACUACUGAAGCUCUGUCUACCACACCAACCGUCAACACUCGAACCCAUCUCGCUUCCCUCCAAAAGGAACAACAUAGCUUGCAAUCCCAGCUAUCCCGCCAACGCGCGGAAUUAGACACACUCAACCAGGCGACCAAAAUCCUAGAGCAGCACAAAGCCGCCGAGUUGGAGAUUCUUAUACGCAAAUGGCGAGGGGUAAGCAGGGAAGCAGCUGAGGAUCUAUUCGUUAGUGCAAAGGAUAAGGUGAACAGGAUGGGUGGGGUGAGGGUCUACAACGAGAAGAUGAAGAAGGGGAAGAUGAGGCAGCAGGAAUGGGUUGGGUGGGACGAUAAGCAGGAUGAAGACGAGGAUGCGGAGGCGGGCAGUGAGGUUGAGAGAGAAAAGGAGAGGAGAAAAGCCGAAAUGGAGGAGAUGUUGUGCAUUCAGGAGAAAGAGGGGGCCGGAGAUGGAGAUCAAGAGGAGAGCGAAGGUGAUGAAGAGAGCUUCACAAUGGACAUGAUGCUGAAGGGCUUGAAUGUCGACCUGAAGGUCAUCGGCUUUGACAAGGGGAGCCAGAAGUGGGAAGACUAA